AUGAAGCUGUGUGCGGCGGCGGCGUUUUGCGGAGCACUGGCGACGCUACUCCUGGUCUCCAGCGGGGAUGCGGCGGAAAGUAGCGGCAUCUCAUUUGAGUAUCAUCGGUACGAAGAAAUGAGGAAGGCGCUGGUGUCGGUAUGGCUUCAGUGCCCGUCUAUCACACGCAUCUACACCGUGGGAGAAAGCUUCGAGGGCCGUGAGCUCCUCGUGCUUGAAAUCACCGACAACCCAGGGGUCCACGAGCCUGGUGAGCCGGAGUUUAAGUACAUCGGUAACAUGCAUGGGAACGAGGCUGUAGGCAGAGAGCUGCUGAUCUACCUGGCUCAGUAUCUGUGUGACGAGUAUCAGCAGGGCAAUGAGACAGUCAUGGACCUGGUCCACUCCACACGCAUCCACAUCAUGCCCUCCAUGAACCCUGACGGCUUCGAAAAGGCUGCCUCGCAGCCAGGUGAGCUGAAGGACUGGUUUGUGGGGCGCAGCAACGCUCAGGGCAUUGACCUGAACCGUAACUUCCCUGACCUGGACCGCAUCGUUUACAUGAACGAGAGAGAGGGAGGAGCCAACAACCACCUGCUGAAAAACAUGAAGAAAGCUGUGGAUGAGAACACAAAGCUUGCUCCAGAGACUAAAGCAGUGAUACACUGGAUUAUGGACAUCCCUUUUGUCCUGUCUGCUAAUUUACAUGGAGGAGAUGUAGUUGCAAACUACCCCUAUGAUGAAACACGCAGUGGUUCCACUCAUGAGUACAGUGCCAGUCCUGAUGAUGUCAUCUUUAAGAGCCUAGCGCGUGCGUACUCCAGCUACAACCCCGUGAUGUCAGACCCCAACCGCCCGCCCUGCAGGAAGAACGACGAUGACUCCAGCUUUAAAGAGGGCAUCACAAACGGAGGGGCCUGGUACAGCGUCCCUGGAGGUAUGCAGGACUUUAACUAUCUGAGCAGUAAUUGUUUUGAGAUCACUCUGGAGCUCAGUUGUGAUAAGUUCCCUCCUGAGGACACACUCAAACAGUACUGGGACCAGAACCGGAACUCACUCAUUAACUACAUAGAGCAGGUGCACCGUGGGGUGACAGGUUUCGUGCGUGAUCUCCAAGGCAACCCCAUCUCCAAUGCCUCCAUCUCUGUGGAGGGCAUUGACCAUGACAUCACUACAGCUAAGGAUGGUGAUUACUGGCGUCUGUUGGCUCCUGGCAACUAUAAGGUGUCAGCCUCUGCCCCUGGUUACCUUACUGUGAUCAAGAAAGUGGCCGUACCACACACCCCAGCGACACGGCUGGACUUUGAGUUGGAGUCUUUGGAGGAGAGGAAAGAGGAAGAGAAGGAGGAGCUUAUGGACUGGUGGAAGAUGAUGUCAGAGACGCUGAAUUUCUGA